AUGUCUUGGCGGGUUUUUGGUACAUUCUCCGCGGAUGUCUUUACUGGAUUUAUGGGAACAUUUUCAGUUACGGGUUCAUCUCGAGGGAUAGUUCCUCAUGGUUACCAAGGCGAUGCAUCUUCAUAUUCAGAAUGGUUCACAUAUACUUCUGAUAUGGAAGAUUCGGCCAGUUUCGGGCCUAGUAGCUCGUCGGUCAAUCAACCGAUUCAGAGGGAACAGGCUGGUGGGGAAAGGGGGGCUCGGGCACACGAACAUGCCCGCAUCUCUGCCGAGGUAGAGACUAUCACAAACGCCUGCGAGAAUUUGGAGGCGGCCAUGGUACGAAAAGCCCACAUUCUCUUACAUGAACGCGGGGUAACUCUCGAAGAUCCAGAAGAUGUCAAGCGUGCUCUCCAGUUGGCUCUCCAUGACGACUGGGAGCAUGAUAUCGAUGAUCGUGAGAGGCAUUUCACUAUGCUCAGGCGCGACUUCGGAACAACUCGCUAUGAAAGAUGGAAUCCUUUCAUUGAUGAGCUCAGGGGCUUGGGCAACCAUCAGGUAAAUGCCAGACAUUAUGUCGACUAG